AUGUUGGAUGGCUUCUUCUUCGCGCUCAUCAUCUAUACUGCGGGCCAGCUGCGAGUCCUCAACCUGAUGGCCACGCGCUUGUGCGACCCUGAGCCAGGCUCCAAGGUCUGCACGGACCAGCAGCUGCAGCGGCGCAUGGCGGAGGUCGUCCAGUGCCACGCACACAUCGACAGGUGUGUGCAGCGGCUGAGCACGCUGCUCGGCCCCAUCCUGCUGGGGCAGUUCCUUUCAGACAUCCUCACCAUCAGCAUCACCGCGUUCGUUGCUACAGCUGCGAAGACGGAUUCGGAGUGGCUGUUCAAGUACGGGUCGUACCUGUCCGCAAUAUCGGAGCAGCUGCUGCUCUACUGCUGGCUGGGCCACGAUAUCCUCACAGAGAGCGAGCGCCUGCAGGAGUCCGCCUACAGCAGCGACUGGACGGCCGCCCCGCGCCGCCUGCGCGGCCAGCUGCGCGUCUUCCUCUGCCGCGCCCACCGCCCGCUGCGGCUCACCGCCAGCAAGUUCUACACCAUCUCCAGGGACACCUUUCUGAUGGUGCGUGCUGAUGAACGCGUCUUUUUCGUACUACGCUGUGCUGAGGCAGCUGAAUGGAGACUGAUGAAGCAGGCGCCGGACCUGGGGCGACGGAACCAGCAGCAGACAACUCACGGAGGCUGCACCAUCACCCUUACGUACCUGCGGUGA